GGUAAACAAACCAAUACAGAAUCGAAGUAUUUCUGCAAAAUAAAUUUGUUUUUAAGAUUUUGAAAUAUGGAUGAUGAAUCUUUCGACUUGGGAGAAUCAAAACCAAGAAAUGUGAAACAGGGCCGAAGAGCAAAAGCAAGAAAAGAAUCAGCUGCCCCACCCCCUGAGUUAGACGAUGAGGGCCAGGGUGAAUUGAUACCUGAAGCUUCCAAUCAAAAUCUUGAUGAAGGCCCACCUGGACGACCUAGUAGAGCUGUGUCUGGGUGGGGAGAAGAAGGGGGCAGAAGACCACGUAACAGGCAGCUUGGUGAAGGGUUUGAAACCUACGAAGAUGAAAGAUUACGUCCUCGAAGUCCAGUCGAUAGUGACGGCUCAGAAUCAGACAUUCCAAUUAUUCCUGAAUUAGAAGAACAACAUGAAGAAGAUUUAUCAACUAAAGUUGCCAUAGCUCCCAAUGUAUCUGUAAAUCGAGUGGCUACAUUCCGAGAAUUAGAUAAUGAUUUAUUACGCCAUGUUGCCUUUCUUACUCUAGAUAAUGAAAUAGAUUUAAAAUUAUUAACUAAAAAUCUCUCACCUGAAGAAGAUCUUAUUGAGGAUGACAAGCCGUGGGACUGGGAUCGUUUAUUUACUGAAGUUACGUCAGAACUUAUCACAGAAUGGGAGAAAGAAGAAUUGCUAGAAAAACAGGAGGAAUAAAGAUUUCUAUUUUUGUUAUAUAUUUAUUUAAGUACUGUUAUUAAUUGUGCCUGUUUUUGUGAGGCGUUGACUCCAUAUUUUUAAAAAAUACAUAUUUGAUCAAAGUUAUGGCAUGUGGCUGAUUCGAUUUGUAAAUUUUCAUAUUUUAAUAUAAAAUUUGAUUUUUAGAGCAAUGGUUCAUUCUUGAACAUAAGGAGUGAACAAAGCCUGAUCUAGAUGUUUCAUGUCUUAUUUUUUCUCUUGGCUACUACACUUGCCAUUCAUGAGCUAAUGAGAUCAGCAUCAAAAGUUAUUAUCAUUUAUUGUAAACAAUCAGAAGCUUGAAUGCUGGAAUAUUUUUGUUGUAUUUAUCAGUGUUAUUUAUAUCAUAGUUUAUUUAUUCCGUCCUGUAAUAAACUCAUUUCAUACAAACA